ACACGUAAGUUUUUUGUCAAAGUUGUCAAGUUCUGGAAAACAAAUUCACACAUCUGUUCGCUACGAUAUUAAAUUACUUAUCAUAUACAUUAUUGUAUUUCAAUUAUUGUAAACUUUUUAAAUAAAACCAAUUGUGAAAAUGACCGAUCCAGGCCAAUGGUAUAGUCAACUACCGCGUUUCACACGCUACUGGCUGACCUGUACGGUUGUGCUCAGUUUGCUGACCCGCUUCAACAUAUUACCCAUGAACUAUGUGUAUCUACGACGUGAUGCAGUAUUUGGAGAUUUCGAGUUAUGGCGUUGUAUUACCGCCUUAUUUGUAUACCCACUAACUUCCUCGACUGGGUUCCAUUUCCUCAUCAACUGCUACUUCAUCUCACGUUAUAUAGCGCAAUUGGAGAAGGACCAAUUCGGACGGAGUCCAGCUGAUUACUUGUAUAUGCUGUUGAUAGUAGCUUUUCUAUCAAAUGUUGGUGGCAUGCUAUUUAGUGUAUUCUUCCUUAUGGACUUGCUAGUUGUAUCAACUACAUACAUUUGGUGUCAAUUGAAUAAAGAUGUCAUUGUUAACUUUUGGUUUGGCACACGCUUCAAGGCUGUCUAUUUACCGUGGGUGUUGGCGGUUAUGGAACUGGUAUUCCAAGGUUCAAUUGCAUCACUGAUCGGCAUACUUAUCGGACACUUUUAUUACUUCUUCAAAUUCCAAUAUCCACAAGAACUUGGUGGUAAUGCAUUUUUGGAGACACCAAACUUGCUUAAACAAUAUGUGCCGGAUGUAAAUGGUGGCUUCAGUGGUUUUGGUGAACCACCAGCGAGUCGUGCGCCACAACGUCCAGCUGCAGGAAAUCCAGUUUUCGGUAACACUUGGGGUCGUGGUAAUCAAUUAGGCCGUUAGCUGUAAAGAGGUAAUGAAGUGGGAUAUAAUACUUAUACAACAACUUGAUUAAAUGGGGAGAUGUUAUUGCGUGCAACUGGCAACAAUUAGUUUACGUAUUAACAUAUGUGGAUGGAUGUUCUCAGUUUACUUUAAAAACUGUCUAUAUUGCACUACAAAAACAUUUUCAGUGUCUCAUUUCUCCUGAUAUUAUGAUGAUAUGUGAUUUUAAGGAAACACUCUUUAUAUGUAUUAUCAUCAUUAUUUAUACAUUUAGGAUAGAUUUUGGUAUGUAAUGAAAAUUCACGCAAUUGUGAUGGUAUAGCUUUGUAAAUAAUAAUAAUAAAAGAACAAA